GAUGGCUGACGUGGCUGAACCAACAGAAAUACUAACAGAAACCGAUCACUCUCUCGUUUCUGCAAAUUGUGAUUUGGAACAGUUACUAUUUUCUUCCCAAGUGGUUGCUAAUGACCGCGAUGUUUCCAUUCAUUCGCGUUCAACAAAGGCUGCUCGAGUUCAACUUGAGGACUGUGGCUUUUUUGCGGAAGACGAUAUGUCCAAGGAGACACCUCAGUUCGAUAAGGACGAAGAAUUCUCUGACGAUGAAUGCUCAUUAGGCGAUAAAAAGCGAAUCCGACGCCGAAAACCGAAACAGUCGACUCCCUCUUCUAGACAAGCUGUUCAAUCUGAUGACGUUGUUCUACCCUUACCUCCUGACCAGGAAAAACCACAUUGUGAUGUAUGCGAUCGCCUGUUCGAGUACUCCUUCUUACGUCAUAACUUCGACGUCGACGUUUGCGAUGGCUGUCAUGAUCCCAAGGGUAUUCACACUUUGAUCACAAAAUCCACUGCCAAGGAACGCUAUUUGCUCAGCGACACAGACUUGGACCUCCGGGAACCAAAAUUGCGUUUCAUCCUCAAGCGUAAUCCACACAGUUCCUCUUGGAUGGAUAUGCGACUGUAUUUGGAGGCACAGAUCGCAGACCGGGCCUUGUCGAUUUGGGGCAGCGAGGAAAACCUUGAAGCGGAGCGCGAACGCCGUCUUUCUCGAGUGCAGGAAAUAAAGCUGAAACGUUACAGCAGAAAAAUCAAAGAACUCAAGGUUCAAACACGCAGCAGCCUGUUUAUGAAAACCCACACCACUCACGAACACAGCUUCGGGCCAGAAGUUCACGAUACUGAAAAUGACGUCUAUGUCAAACGCUGUACAACUUGUAAUUAUGAAACAACUUUUGAAAAAUUAUAAAUCUGCACUUUUUAUUGAAAACAACUGGGCACUUGCCUCCGUCAUAGAUUGUAAUUCUUUCCCACUUGCCCUCCAAUCCUGUCUCCACGUUUUAAGUUC